GGAUCCGAUCCGACCCAAACCAAAAGCAAGGACCUCGGUGAGGAUGCCCGACCACAUCGCGGGCUGCGGUUGCUGGAUUUCGCCUCUGUCUGCCUUCGUCAAGUCGUUCCUCCCAUCUUCCCCAUCGUCCAUCUCGUUCCCAAUCAACCAUGGACUCGCCAGUGUUCGGACUCGAGCUUGACCAGAUUCUGCUCUUUGGCGACUCGCUGACGCAGUGGAACUUCAAUCCCGACAAUCUCGGCUGGGUCGCUCGGUUCUCGCAUGCUUUUGUUCGCUGCGUCGACGUUGUGAACCGCGGAUACAGCGGCUUCAGCACCGAUUGGUGUCUCCGCAUCUUCCCGUCGACCUUGGCGUCGAUCCUGCCAAAGAGCCACGCCCGCCUCCGGCUCGUCGUUAUCUUCCUUGGCACCAACGACGCAGUUACCCUCGAAACGUCGCAUCAAUACGUCUCACUGGAUCGCUUCCGGUCGAAUAUCAAGGCCAUGAUUGCCAGCGUGCGCGAGCUUCACCCUGAUGCCCGUAUCGUGCUGGUCUCGCCGCCGCCCAUGCACGAUGGAAUGUACGAGCAGUUCUGCAAGGACUAUCAAGUGCCGCUGGACCGCUCCCACGAGCGCACCCGUCUCUUCCACCAGGCCUGUCUGGAUAUCGCCAGCGAGGAGGACAUCGUGGCCCUCAACACCUGGAGCUUGCUUUUGGGUCCCUCCGAGAGCUACGACUCCGAGACGCUGGCCAAGUACUUUUUCGACGGGUUGCACUUCAACGCCGAGGGCAACAAAGCUUUUGCAAGUGCGCUGCUGCUCCUUAUCAAGCAGACGUGGCCGGAGCUGGACCCAGAUGUCAUGCUCAAAUCGACAAUCAUUCCGCUCGAGGAGAAUCUUGUUGGCCUGAGCAAGGACGAGGUGGCUCAGGCUCUCGUCCAGAAUGCUCGUCAUUGAUGGUAACGCCUCUGCAACACCCCGCGACGAAACGAUGUCUCCCGCCUCCGGACCAGUGAGCCGCCGCCUCUUGGCAUCGAUGUUUGCCAUGUGCACUGUUCGCAGGACGUUGGCAUGCCGCAGCUUGCCCACGGGGUUUCUCAAGGAUAAUGUAUGAGGA